UUCAAAACAUCCCAUGUUUCCACAUUCCUGCUUGCUACCUCAGGUUUACGUUACUUCCUGCAAUUGUUUGUUUUUGAAUCUAGACUAGACUUAAAUUAAUGCUUGAUUAGGUUCAAGAUUGCAUCACACUUCAUUUUAAUGGACUCUGCACUACUAUAUAUUGUUCAACGUUUCCAUAAUUGUGUCUCAGUGUUUUCUUAGAUUGUCCGUUUGUUUUCAAGAAAUGGGCUUUCUUGAUUCUCAAUGCUUCAUGUGAAAGAUUAUAACUUUAUUGCUCAGUUACUCCCGUUAUUAUUAUUGUGCUCAAAUUGGGUUUUUUCUUUUUUUGAUUGAUAUUCGACAAACUUUCCCAUUGAGAUUUAUUCUAUUUCUAGGAAUUGUUGUUGUUUUUGGGUUAAAUUUGAAUUGGGAUUUCAAUUUCCCAAGAUUUUGUAACAUAUUUGGGGAGGAGAUUUUACCUGUCAAUUUAAGAGAUUGUAGCAUUCGUGGGGAGGAGAGUUACUUCGUCAAUUGUUGUGGUUUGUUUGGAUUGCUGAUUUUGAAGUUAGGCACCUUUUAUUGGAUUACCUCAUACUUUGAGUUGGGGGAGUGUCGUAUGGGAUUGCCUUAGGAUUUUGGUUGGAGGAAUUAUGCCCAAUGUUGAACAUAUUGGUGAGAUUGCUGCGGUGGUAAAGGGAUAAGAGUUUAUUUUGAGUCAAUGGGAUUUCCUGAAUCCCAGGGUGUGUGAGGAUGCAGCAUUUAAAUUUGGUUCAGUAGCUGACAAAACUAUCACAACGGUGGUGUUGAGAGGAGAAGUCGUUAAUUAGCUGUCGUAGCAACAUUUGUUUCCUUUUGUUUCUGGAAAGGGAGGAGUUUAUAAGGAUUUUAGAUAUUGUUUGGUGACUUGGGAGGAAACAAGUUUAUUUUUUUCUGCUUUUGGGUGUAAAGAAUGGGGCAUUCUGCAGCAGUUUGGGACCAUAGAGCUUCUCUUGAAUUGACCAAGGACUGGAAUGGAAUCGAUCAGGUUGUGCUUCGGAACCCUCGUGGGGCGUCUGCACGAGUGAGCCUGCAUGGAGCACAAGUUAUCUCAUGGAGGAACGAUAGGGGCGAAGAGCUUCUUUUCACCACUAGUAAGGCCAUCUUUAAAUCUCCAAAAGCAAUGCGAGGAGGCAUCUCUAUUUGCUUUCCGCAGUUUGGGAACUCUCAUUCGCUCGAGCAGCAUGGAUUUGCCAGGAACAAGAUUUGGACAAUCGAGGAUGAUCCUCCUUCACUUCAUCCAAAUGACUCUCAUGGUAAAUCCUUUGUUGAUUUGCUGCUAAAACCCAUUGAAGAAGAUAUGAAGUUCUGGCCUCACGGCUUUGAGUUUCGUCUACGAGUUUCUCUCGCAUCGGAUGGAAACUUGAUACUGAUAUCACGCAUUAGGAAUAUAAAUGGGAAACCUUUCAGUUUCACUUUGGCCUAUCAAACACAUUUCUCUGUUUCUGACAUUAGCGAAGUGAGGAUAGAAGGUUUAGAGACGCUGGACUACCUCGACAACCUCUCCCAAAGGGAACGAUUCACGGAGCAAGGUGAUGCCCUAACAUUCGAAUCAGAGAUAGACCGAGUUUACCUAAGCUCACCCAAGUGUGUCGCUGUUCUUGAUCACGAGAAGAAACGGACAUAUGUUAUCAGAAAGGAGGGGCUGCCUGAUAUGGUCGUGUGGAAUCCAUGGGAGAAGAAGUCGAAAGCAAUGACAGAUUUUGGAGAUGAAGAAUAUAAGCAGAUGCUAUGUGUGAAUGCAGCAGCAAUAGAGAAGAACAUCACCCUGAAACCAGGAGAGGAGUGGACGGGGAGAGUCGAGCUCGCAGCUGUGCCUUCAAGCUUCUGCUGCGACGAACUUGAACCUCAUCUCGACUACUUUUGAUGUUCGACUUGUGAUCGUUUGUUCCUUCGUUACUCAAUUUUAUCAAAGCCUGUGGUUUUUUUAGAAAUGGCUGAGAAAAAGUUUGGUUGUGUAGGGAUUUGAGGCAUACAAUUUGCCCUAAUCACAGUGCCUUUAUGCACUCUGAAUCUGAACAUAUCUAGUUUGUGAUUUGUGAAGUGAUGAUCUUCAGACACAAAUUGUGACAUCAAUUCUUUUCAGUAUCACAUGGACAAUUACUAUCAAAAUUUUAAGAAAUCUGGAGGAAAAUCUUUUACUUGAGAA